AUGUCAGAGUUGUUUCUGUCGGACCCUUUUUCCAGACCUUUCGAAAGGCGUGAGAACAGUAGCUCGCCGAUCAUGAACAUAUUCAGGCCCUUUGGAGCCCCGGCUCCCGCCCGCAAAUGUUCCAAGAUUUCAAUCUCGGCUCCCACAGUCGUACCCGCCGGAACGCGGAGUCCCGUCGACGUCUUGAAUGCAUCUCCAGUGUCAUGGCAAGACACUAACCCUACGUUCCUCGAUGUACUGCACGAUUACCUGCCCAACGAUGACACGGAAUUGAGGCCCUCCACAGAUUUACGUCCGCUCAACGUUUACCGCGGUGAGAUGGUGCGCCUCAUCGCUAAAGCCGAUAAUAACCUCGUGUUAGUAAGGCUGGUAAACAGGCUCGGACAAGGUUUGGUACCACUCCGGUGUCUUGCUAUAAAUGAAAAAAUAUCACAGGGUGCUAAGGUUUUAGCUGAUAAGCUGAGUGAAAAGUCAGAGUCGGACUCUUCUUCCAGCACUCUCAAUUACUCCGAGCAGGCUUCUGCAGAUUUUUCAUUGAGCUCCGAGGAAAAACCAUUGAGUCUCGGAGACAUACCAUCCAGCAUCGCGGGUGAAACUAUGGUCAAUGAUGAUUUGGUGUCCACUGUCACAAGCUGCCGCGUCGUAAACAUUACUAUCCGCGAAAGUAGGGUAUGGUAUCGCACGGACUGCGUCAUGCGCUCGGGUCAUAGGCGUAUUCUAUGCCGUUAUUAUCAAGACUUCUACUCUUUGCAACUGCAAUUGCUAGACGGUCUCCGGAAGGACGGAAAACCUAAUCCCUCCCAGCUAUUGCCCACGUUGCCCUCUCCAACGACGCAUGCAAGUAAAGAAAACAUUCUCACCAGAUGUGAAUUGUUCAGUGUCUACCUCAACGCCCUUUUUCAAUCUACUUAUAUUCCUCAGAACACAAAAAGAGAGAUCUUGGUUGAGAAAUGGCUCUCUCCAAGACCAGGUGACAUUGUAAAAACACCACGCGGGUCAUUCUACAAGUUGAACAACGCACCUACACUGGAUGAUGAAGGGGCUUGGGAGCAUAUUUCACCGGAUGCGCUGGAGGAAACAAUUGCACAUGGAACUCCUUUCGACCACAGCAAUUGGUCGACUGAAUAUAAAGGUCUUCCCACAUCGGGUAUGAGGCAAAGAUCUGCCUCGUUGUUAUGCCUAUCUCCUGCACAAAGAACUCCAAAGCCCUUUAACAAGUCUGCCCCAACGACACCGCUUGUUCAGCAACCUUCCAUGUUUUCGCAAGGCCCCUCUUUGUCUAAAUUAUCGGUUGAAGAGCUUCCCAUAAAAGUUAAAAUACUACAUGAGGAUGACUGUUACGUCUCCAAGUGCUCCAUAACAGAGUUGCGCUCUUUCGACAAGUUAUACACACUUAUUCAUUCCAAGCUCGAAGCUUCUCUUCCAAGUGUCGAUCAAGCUUUGACAAUAUAUCAUAAAGAUGAAAAAGAAAACUUCACCCCAUUGUUAGACGAUGACUCUUAUCAGAAAGUCUUGUCUAACAUUAAACGAUCUGUUGGUACUGCAUUCAACACCACCAGCAAUUCGGCGUUGAAUAAAUGCAAAUUGACUUUCCAAGUUAAAUUUUAG